AUGCUGCUAGUAAAUCCAAAUGGAUUGCUAUUUACAAAUACAAAUUACUUUUACCAUCCAAAUCAAAAUAAUCAACGACUUAAUUAUCUUGGCAAUACUCUUUUAAGAAUGAAAAGUAAUAAUCUAAAAUAUGACGAAAUGAAGAAAAGAAGUAAUAAUAAUAUUUUUAAUAACCAAGCAUUGGAUGAUGACAAUGAUGCUAUUGUGGCUGGACUUCUUCGUCAAGAAAGGAAUGAAAUGAAUGCGGGAGCACCAAAGAUGUAUGCCCAAAAUAUUGGGGAACUUGGAAGUACAAUGUUUCGAUUUGGAUAA